GGGCUGUGAGACACUCCUCGGUAAGGAGACAUCGAACAGCACGACUUCUAUCGACAGCACAACGUAUAAACGUUUUAUUCACACACUGAAGUAGAAGCUCUCUCCCUCCAUGGCUACAAUGGCGUUAUUGACGUCAAUCUGCUUCCUGACGUCACUUCCUGUGCUGUACGCCAUGAGCCUGGACACAAACGUCACAGCUGAUAACGUCGCAUCGCCGUCGUUAGCAUCAGGCGCUGGAGGUCUGGAGAUGAGGAAGUUACGUCACGUGGAGGCGGAGCUCGAGGUGUUGAGGAGAACAGUGACGGAAAUCAAAGCUGGUGUUCAGUGCGGGUCACAGAGUCCACAUCCAAACGUGUUGAGAGAAGUGACGAGCGAAAUACAAGCGCUCCGUUCACAGUUUCAAGGUCUGCAGGUGCAAAGAGAGUUGUCCGUCCUGCGAUCUGAUCUUCUUCUCGCCCAGUCAGCCAUGCUGGCGGACACCGGAAGUAAGCCUGUGGACAGAACACCGCAGACAGGAGCCGUGUACGAGCGCUGGGGCAACAGUGGCUGUCCUAAUGGCACACAGCUGGUUUAUUCAGGUCUUAUUGGCGGCUCAGAGCACACUCACACUGGAGCAGCCGCCAACGCCCUCUGCUUGCCCUUGAACCCUGUCUUAGAGAACAACCCCGGCGUGAACCAUGUUGCUUAUAUCUAUGGAGCUGAACUCGAACUCGCCCCUCUUCCCAAACAUGACCUUGACCCCCUAUGCGCUGUAUGCCGCAGUCCACGGGCGACAAUCGUCAUGGUACCCGCUGCCAGUGCUUGCCUCCCUGGAUGGACACUUGAGUAUUCCGGGUACCUCAUGGCAGGAUACUACGGUCACCCUGCAGCGACAGAAUACAUUUGUGUCGACAGAGAGCAGCACACGCGCACUGGGUCCAACAAGAACGACAACGGCAAACUCUUUUAUUACGUCACUGCUGCCUGCGGUAGUCUCCCUUGCCCGCCUUAUGUAAGCGGGAAAAUGUUUCCUUGUGUCGUCUGCUCCAAGUAACGACCAUACACAUGCAGGAUAGAUGUCACUGGGUCACAUAAAUAUUGUAUACUUCAAACUCGUUCUUAAGUUAGUAACAUUUGUAUUUCUGUCGUAACCAAGCAACCGAGUCCUAAACCUUUUCUGUUUCCUUUUUUAUUAGCAGAUAUUUAAAUAUUGUAGCUCGCUCAUUUACUCACUUACAUACACGUGUUGACAUGACUAGCUGGCAAUGGCAUUUUAAUCACUAUAUACAUAGGAACUUUUAUUGACAACGCCCUGAAGUACACACUGGCCGGGCUGCUUCAGACUCUGUAGUAAACAUUCACCUGUCUGGGUUGUUAGUAACUGGAGUUUAUGAUUAGUUAGGAAAAUGGCAGACAAAAUUGUAAUUCUGAGCGAUCUUGCGUUCACAGAACAAUAAUAAACAAUUAAAUAUGUAUUCAAAACAAGCUGAUCUAAGAUGAGAAAGAUUAAACGAUAAACAUGCGUAUCUGCCUGUCUGUGUAAGUGACUUAGUCAACUACUCAAUCAGUCACUCAAUCACUCCCUCACUCAAUCAAUCAGUCUCUUAGAAAAUAAACAGAAGACAUUUCUAGAUAGUAUUAUAAAAUCUCAUUGUUUGUUAAGAUAAUAAAUAUUUUCCAGCUUUAUUAUUUUUGUACUGCAUUAGCCAAAAUGACAAAAUGAUAGCAGUGCUUCUGUACAGAACUGACAUUUUACCUUUUUCCAUAUUUUCAAACCAUUCGCCAAACAUUUAUUGCUGAGCCUGUUUCCCAGGCCUUGUGUUUCUCCUUUUGCCUUCAUAUACGCAUUGAGUUUCCUUGUCGAGAAAAAGGAAAUUCGAAUAAAUCACACGGACACAGAGUGAAAACACACAGCAGCACAAUCGCAUCUUUGAUACAGAAAACGGCUUCUUGUGUUAUCCAGGCUGGUCGUGGCCACAUCAUGACAAGAAUGAAAGCAGAUAUUAUCAAUGAAUAAUGUCAGCAUGGAGAGACGUAGGGCGACGGUAUCAGGAGAAGCGAAAACAAGUUUUGUUGUUGUUAUUGCUGCUUAUUACAGUUCUUCGUGUUGGCAAUAAAAAUA